UUCUGUAUCUCCGCGGCGAUCAGAAAACAGCCGUUCAUGAUUGUUGGUCGGUAGCAGGGGUGUGCGGCAAAUCUCAAAAUUUGCCGAGCUCGGCAAAUUCGCCAAAUCUCUUUUUUCAAUAUUUGCCGAGCACGGCAAAUUCGGCAAAUUUGCCGUGCUUAACAAACUCGGAAAAAUUUGAUAUUUUUUAUGUUUUUGGGGCACCAAAACUACUGAAUUCUUAACACACAUCUGGUUUCUGAAUAAGUUCCGCGUAGUAUGUCUGUUUAAGCAUCAAAAUAGCUCAAUUUUGUGUCAUUUUACUAAAUUUUUGCAUAAAAAAUCAAUAAAACGGCAGGAAAUAACAAUCCCAUAGGUAUGCUGACGUGUUGCUCUUCAGUAAACAAGCUGAUCGCCGCGGAGAUACAGAAUUUGUGGGGGUUUUUUGGUAGGUAAGAAUGUGCCUAGGUGCCUACGUGACUGCUCAUUUCUUUUUGUCUACUGCACUCUCGGGUGAUCCAACUUUGAAUUUGGUCGCUAGGCGACAGAUCCCACGGCAGGAAAUAACAAUCCCAUAGGCUAUCUUAAAUUUGACUUGAUUUUGACAAAAAAAAUGAUUAGAUUGGAUGUGGGAGGCCGGAAGUUUUCCACGAAUCGAUCUACUCUGACAAAAUUCGAUGGCUACUUUAGGAAGUUACCGAAACUUAAAGACGAGAGCUCUACCACUACUCGUAUUGUCAUCGACCGGUCCCCCAAACACUUUGAAACAGUUUUGAACUUCAUGCGGGACGGGAGCGUAGAUCUUCCAGAAUCUCUAAAGCACCUUCGGCAGUUGCUCAGAGAAGCGAUUUUCUACGGCUUAGAAAAGUUGAUAGAAUGUUGUAAGCAAGCAAUGGCAACUUCUGAGAUUGUUGCCGUUGCUCCAGAAGAGCCUAAAAGCCCUGACACAGUGGUUCCCUUAUUGUCAGACUACCAGGUUAACAACAACGAUCUGCAGCACAUGGUCCGGAUAUGUGGAGACAUUUUGAGAAAGCUUGGAAAUCACAACAUUCUCAGUCUCCCAUCAGUUUAUACAUUUGACGACUACGUCAAUUAUCUCAAGUCGGUAACCUCCGCGAUCAUUCCUGCAGUUUAUGCCAGAAUCUCCAAUUGGCGACAUUAUUUCAAGAAAAGUGAUGAAGCACACAGUUUUGUUCAAAAAAUCAUCCAAUGGAUUUACGCAAUGUUCGCUGGUUUUAAUAGACUACCGGCUGCCGUGCAUUGGGAACUUGCUCUGUUGCUAUGUGUUUUGAUGGUCUUCCAAACCUGUUAAUGAUCUAUACUGCUUUUUAAAAUUAUAUAUCUUACCCUUGACAGUAAAUAAAAAAAUUUCAAAA